AACGCUGAAGGUGAAUAGAAAUGAGAUAUACAGCUCUCUGUUUGCAGCGCGUCAGUCUGAAUACUGCUGCCUUGCUGUUUUUCGCAUAUGUCUCUAUAUCGGAUAUUGUAGUCCACUAACUACAGUUGAACCGUUGAAAGCGGGCGCGUAGUAAUCUUAUAAAACUACAUUUCCCAUAAUGUACUUCACCAUAAUCUUCCCACAUGUACGCCGGUUGACGCGGUUCUGACAGGUCCAGCUGAGACGGCUUUACCUCACUCUCUUCACCGCUGUAAACUUUUACUUGUUAGUGGUGUUGGGCACAGACGGCCUUCAGUGCGGCUGACCAUGUCUCCUCCUCGGCUCACUGGAGCCCUGCGCUCCUUUCAGCAAACAGGAUGAUUUAACACAAGACAUUUAUGAUCUGAAGACCAAACGCUUGAAACAACAGGAAAUAUUUGGCCGAGACGGUCUGACAUGGCAGAAGAUAGUUCAGUACUUCACCCAACAUCUGGAGAAGAAAGAUCAGCCAGCAGCCACUCUUGAGUUGAAGAAUAUCCUCCAAGCAGCCAAACAAAUUGUUGGUAUGGAUUAUGGGCAGGACACCAUUGAAAGUGCCAGAGUCUUAUUGUUUAAAACAUUCCACAACAAAGACCAGAUUGGUCAAGAGGAAACCAGGGCCAUAAAACAGAUGUUUGAACCCUUUCCGGCCUCUGCAGCCGAGUUGUCUUGUGCAGCUGUGGAUUGAUUAGUGGCCCAGAUUGGAGGAUCUCAGGUGGAUGCUUUCAUCCAUAAACAGAGUUCUCUCAAGACGGUGAACUGUAGUUCUAUCUUUGGACAGAACAUUGCUUUCUCAUUUGACACAUAUGUGCUAGAUGCUCAGGAUACUCUGCCCUGGUCAGAGGGGACUGAUAUGGAGCAGGUCAUGGACUUUCAAAGCUACCUUAAUAAUCAUGUUGGUGAGCGGAGGGAUGGGGGUGACAGAGAUGAUGCUUACUCAGCGGAUGAACUGGAGCGGAGAAACCCAGACAGCUCCAUCCUGACACAAGAGGUGGAGAAAUACCUGAACAAGGGGAAUAUGGUGUCGUCCAGUGCCGAAGAGCUCUCCACCUCUCUUUUUGAGAUGCUUGCUUCCACAAAGAGUGAUGACGAACUACAAAACGAGGAAAGAUUAAAGGGAUGAGAGAUGAAUCCACCGAGCCCACAUACGGCUGCCAGGUGACCAUCCAGUCCGAACAGGAGAAGCAGAUGAUGAAGAUUUACAGAAAAGAGGAGAAGAAGGAGAGGAAACGUGAGAAACGAGGAGAUACCUGUGAAAACAAGUUUCAUUUUGACCCCAAGGAGAUGAGAUCGCAGAGACAGGAUACGUCAUCAGCACGUUCACGCACGCUGUGCAGACACAGCGAGAAUGACAGACAAACGACCACAACCCGAUCUUCCUUCCUGAUGCUGCUGCCCGAGGGGAUCAGAAGAGAGAAUAAUAAGAUGUAUGAGGAGGUUGAGAUCCCCCACAAUGAACCCAUGCCCACUGGCUUUAAGGAGAAACCUGUGUACAUCUUGGAGCUGGACGAGAUUGGCCAGUUGGUGUUCAAGGGCAUUAAGAGGUUGAACGCAAUUCAGUCUAUAGUGUUUGAGACGGCUUACAAUACUAAUGAAAACCUGCUCAUCCACGCACCCAACGGUGUCGGAAAAACCAGCAUCACCAUGCUCACCAUCCUGCACGAGAUCCGCCAACACCUGCAGCCUGGGGGAGUCAUCUGCAAGGAUCAGUUUAAGAUUUUAUACGUGGCUCCGAUGAAGGCCCUGGCUGCUGAGAUGACUAAUUACUUAAGUAAGCGAUUGGUGCCUCUGGGCAUCGCUGUCAAGGAGCUGACUGGAGACAUGCAGCUGACCAAAGGAGAAAUCCUUCACACUCAGAAGUUGGUGACGACUCCAGAGAAGUGGGUUGUGGUGACCAGGAAGAGUGUUGGGGAUGUGUCUCAGAUCGUCUGACUGCUCAACCUGGAUGAAGUUCAUCUUCUUCAUGAGGACAGAGGGCCUGUUCUCGACAGCCUGGUGGCCUGAACAUUGCAUCAGGUGGAGUCGACCCAGAGCAUGAUUCGCAUACUUGGUCUCUCAGCAAUCCUGCCAAAUGACUUGGAUGUGGCGUCUUUCCUGCAUGUGAACCCUUUCAUUGGAUUGUUCUACUUUGAUGGUCGCUUUCGUCCUAUUCCACUUGGCCAGAGCUUUGUUGGCAUAAAGACUACAAAUAAGGUCCAGCAGCUACAUGACAUGGAGGAGGUUUGUUAUGAGAAAGUCCUGAAGCAGAUCAGAGCGGGUCACCGGAGACAUCAGAGCCAGCGGUAGAUUCCAGAAGAUCUGGCCGAAGAGAGGCUGCUCUCAGCGGGUUUAUGAGCGAUGAACAUCCGCUGAUGUCCUGGAGCUCACAUCUCCAAAAACAUCAAAGUGAUGGUGUUUGUACAUGUCCGCACCUCCAUGAGUCUGAUCGAGAUGGCCAAGAACCGAGGAGAGCUGUCCUUCUUUCAGGUCGACCAGAGUCUGGACUACGGCCAGUGUGAGAAACAGCUGCUUCCUACAUAUUCCUUCGAACUCCUUUGCCUGGAAACCCCUGACAGAAGACAGCCCCACAAAAGACAAGAAGAUGAACUGGACUGAGGAUUUUCUCCUGGAAUUCCAGCAGGAGGGAAGGCCUUUGGAGCGAUAUGUGGAGGAGUUUCUGAGCGUGUUACAUCUGGUGAGUUGGAGCGAUUCCAUGAUUAAUGGAUGCUUCCGGAUGGGACUAAAAGAUGAUAAUUUGCUUAGAUUCUUGACGAUCCUGACGAUUGCCUCAGACCCGUAGCGGAUUUUAUAAAUUAGGUACUAGAGAUAAAUGGUUCCAAGUUCCUUGCAGAUGUGGAGGAUCCUCAUACUCCUCCCAUCCGGAAGCAUGUGGAUGCUCCAGCUCACCACAAGCCAGCUCUCUCCAUAUACUGCUCCAAUGAGCCCGCUCCCUCCUUUCCUCCCGCACUUCCCCGAGUCCUCCAAAGCUCCGCCCUAAUCCUCAGCCCAGGAUCGUCGGCCUCUGUUGACGCAAGCCCGCUGGCCACUGGCCUCUCAGUGCUUUUGGGCAUGGCACUACCUCCCGAGUUCUCAGCCCCAUCCUCUCUCCAGAGUCCACUCCAGAAAGCUCUCCUGAGUCUCCUUCGUCUCCACUGGUCCCAUCCAGCUCUCCAUCGUCUCCUAAGUCUACUUUGCUUCCGCUGGUCCCGUCCAGCCCUCCUUCAUCUCCUGAGCCCCCCGUGUUAGUGAACUCCGCUCCUCCAGAGCGCCCUCUACAGCCGGCUCCUCAAAAGCUCCCUCCAGAACGCCCUCCAGUGCCCGCUCCUCCAGAAUGCCCUCCAGUGCCCGCUCCUCCAGAGCACCCUCCAGUGUCCGCUCCUCCAAAGCACCCUCCAUUGUCCGCUCCCUGUAAGCGCCCUCCAGAGCUGGCUCCUCAAAAGCGCCUUCCAAAGCACCCUUCAGUGCCCGCUCCUCCAGAGCGCCCUCCAGAGCCUGCUCCUCGAAAGCAUCCUCCAGAGCGCCAUGGCAACUCAAACUCUUUUCUCCUGUGUCCUCGAGCUUCCACUGUCUACUCCUGUGAACUCGAGCUUCCACCUGUGUCCAUUUAUUAUCUUAUCAAUCCAUCGUUUGGUUCAGUAUAAAUAGCCCUGCCUUUCCUAAGUUUCUUUUUCCUGUCUCCAAAAGUGGUUGUUUUCUUCAUUUCUUCCCAGUGGAUUUAUUAAAAGACUCUGUUUGUUGUAUAUCUGCCUCCUACGUAUUCCUUCGAACUUAUUCGCAUGGCAACCCCUGACAGUUAUCAUGUUGACUACGACAAUCAUUAGUAUAAAGAAUGUAAAGAAGAGGAGAAAGGACACAUCCCUGAGGAGACCCCACUGAUGAUGACAUCUCCUUUGACAAUGCCCAUUCACCCUUACUCGCUGUGUUCUAUCUGUUAAAAAAUACAAAAUCUAACUCUAAAUUAAGAUCAAGACCAAAAGUUAAAAGCUUGUCAACUAAAAUGAGGGGUUGAAUGGUAUUAAACGCAGAUGAAAAGUCCACGAAUAAAAUUCUGGCAUGUGUUUUACUUCCUUAGACCUGUAGACUGUUUCCAAAUGUUUGGCACUCUCUAAAGAUUGAGUGAAAACUGGAAAAUAUAAUAAAAAAUAGAGCCCAGCUGCUCAGCACAAGAAAUAAGUACAGUACUACAUAUGUUAUCAGGACCAGGUUUUUCCCUAACUUCAGAGUGUUUGAACAUAUUAACCACAUCACAUAC